UGCUGCUAUCUGUCCACACGCGCAAUUUGACAGCGUACCGUUCACCGCAUCCCUGCAAAAAACACGAUUUCCUGCGAAUAAAUACAACACAUCGACAAGAUGGCGCCCUCAUCAGUCACCCUCAACGUGAAAAUGACCUGCCAGGCCUGCGUCAAGCGCGUCACCUCCACAUUGGAAGCGCUGCCGUUCGUCUCGAGGGCGGACGUCUCUCUGGAAAAGGGCACGGCCACCGGAACGUUACAGGGCGCGUUCCCGGGCUGCGACUGCCCGAAGCCCGACGGGAAAUGCCCCUGCGGCGACGCGUGCCAAUGCGCGGCGACGGCCAUGUCCAAAGCACUGGUCGACGCGGGCUACGUCGUGACGCCCUGCGGUGGCGGCAAGGGGCCGUGCCCGGCGGUGGCCCUGGGGACCUGCACGUGCGGGCCGAACUGCGAGUGCGGCGACGACUGCCAGUGCGCGUUGUGUCCCGGUGUGAGCGUCAAGGGCAAAACUAUUGAAGUCAAGGUCGAGCACGCGCUGGUCCUCGCGGGCCUCGCGGGCCUCGCCCUGGGCUAUGCGCUCGGCAAGCGCGGCGCGAAGUAGUCCCCCACAAAUUUGUAAGCUGGUGUGCAAAGGAAGCUUCAUUUUCCCCCUGCCUCCGUGUAGCCCCCAUAUGGGCCCGG